UGGCUUUCCUCUGGAUGUGGCGCGUGUUUGCGCCUAAAUGACUGGAUCAGGUUCCCGCGGAGCGUAUGUGCGCGUGUUUUUGUUUCCCUCCGGUGAGAGAGCUUUCACACACGUCAGCUCGGGGAGGGCGAAGCUGCUUAAAAUGCACCGAAUGUGACAGUGGAGAGUCCAGACUACAGCAGCGAGUGGACGGGUAGGUGAGUUCGGCGAGGAAGGAGGGAGGGAGGGGGGGGCUCAAGACCAUGUCAGUGGCGCAGACGUGACGCCGAUUCAUUAAAAUAGAACCAAAACAAGACGAGGAGGCUCAGCUGGUUACCAAAAAAGAAAAGGCGCGCAGGAGAAGCAGCGCCCUUGUCUGGCGGGGAAAGAUGACAGUGGUGCCCGGAGAGAACCUGGAUGAGACCGUGGCACUGGCCGCCCUGUCCGCCCAGGAGGUCUACGACCCGGAGCGCACCGAGAACCAGGAGUGCUGCGAGCGGGUGGUCAUCAACAUCUCCGGGCUGCGCUUCGAGACGCAGCUGAAGACCCUGGCCCAGUUCCCCGCCACCUUACUGGGCGACCCGCGCAAGAGGAUGCGCUUCUUCGACCCGCUCAGGAACGAGUACUUCUUCGACCGAAACCGACCCAGCUUCGAUGCCAUCCUCUACUACUACCAGUCUGGGGGGAGGCUCCGGAGACCCGUCAAUGUGCCCGUGGACAUCUUCAUGGAGGAAAUCAAGUUCUACGAACUGGGCGAGGAGGUGAUUGAGAAUUUCAAAGAGGACGAGGGCUUCAUUAAGGAGGAAGAGCGCCCGCUGCCCGAGAACGAGUUCCAGCGGCAGGUUUGGCUCCUCUUCGAGUACCCGGAGAGUUCGGGUCCAGCGAGGGGGAUCGCUAUCGUGUCCGUGCUCGUCAUCCUCAUCUCCAUUGUGAUCUUCUGCCUGGAGACUUUACCGGAGUUCAGAGAAGAGGCCAGGACGUUUGAGGACCGUCUGCAUGUGAACGGAACCAUGCGCGCAAAGAAGCCGAACCCCUUCACUGACCCCUUCUUCAUCGUCGAGACACUCUGCAUCAUCUGGUUCUCCUUCGAGUUGCUGGUGCGAUUCCUUGCCUGCCCUAGCAAGCCUGCUUUCUUCAAGAACAUCAUGAACACUAUUGACAUUGUGGCCAUCAUGCCGUACUUCAUCACCCUGGGUCUGGAGCUGGCCGAGCACCAGGGGAACGGCCAGCAGGCCAUGUCCCUGGCCAUUCUAAGGGUCAUCCGUUUGGUGAGGGUGUUCAGGAUCUUCAAGCUCUCCAGGCACUCAAAGGGUCUCCAGAUUUUAGGGAAGACCCUCCAGGCCAGCAUGAGGGAACUGGGACUGCUCAUCUUCUUCCUCUUCAUCGGGGUCAUCCUCUUCUCCAGUGCGGUCUACUUUGCAGAAACGGACGACCCAGAAUCGGGCUUCAGCAGCAUCCCCGACGCCUUCUGGUGGGCAGUGGUGUCCAUGACCACAGUGGGCUACGGGGACAUGUGUCCCGUGACCAUCGGGGGCAAGAUCGUGGGCUCUCUGUGCGCCAUCGCCGGUGUGCUGACCAUUGCGCUGCCGGUGCCGGUCAUCGUGUCCAACUUCAACUACUUCUACCACCGAGAGACGGAGCACGAGGAGCAGUUUCAGUACACGCAUGUGACCUGUGGUCAGCAGAACCCGCCGUUUGGAGAGUUCAAGAGGAGCGACAGCAAGCCGUCCUUGACCAAGUCCGAGUACCUGGACAGCGAGGACGCGGACUCCAUCAAGUACACCAACUGCAGCCCGCACAAAGCCUACACUGGGAAGCUGACGGACGUGUGACGCUUUGUUUCUGCCCCUGACCAGUUACGCACAUUCGGAUCAGCUUCUUUCAGUGGUCUGCGCUCUGGCUUCAGUUAAGGCGAGCCGCUUCUUUCUGCCAUCCCAUCAUUGACCACAACAGAGGACGACUGAUCAGGUGGUUCAUGUCUUCCAUUACGCGCACCAUCAGUAGCACUUUAUGGCAUCGUGGUUGUUAAUACUUGUCCUCCCAUUACGAUCACUGAUAUGCCCCGAACAAAACCAUGUGAAUAAUCGUCCGACACUAGAAACACGGAUCAUUGAAUUGAAAUAAAACACGCAGAACACACAUCUGCCUGCUCAUCCCGUCACCCACUUAGGUCACUUUAAGGUCAAAACGGAUGAUUUGCUUUAGCCGAUUGACAUGUUGACAUCAUACAAUGUGCGUUCAAACGGAGACCGCUAGACAGAUAUCAUGUGCAUGAAUGUUGCGCGUUAACAAGUGCGCAGGGUCAAACCUUGACCAGAGCGAGUAAAGUGAGCAGCAGACGUUUGGUCUAAAAGCUUGGAGCGCUCCCGUGUGGCAGCAGAAGUGCUCUACAUCGCUUGCGUGGAUGCAGUUGCCAUAGCAACCUUCCAGACUUUUCUGUAUCGUCUGCCUGAGGAUUGAAAGGAGUAGAAAUGAGGCGCUGAUAGGCCAGACAACCACCAUGUUGUGGAAGCCUCCAUGUUGUCGAAUUGUCCCAUAUACACAAAUGCAUCGCAUCCAUUGGGGUCGCGAGGGACUGAGGAAAAAUAGGGCCCUUAAGUGAUGCAAACCGGAUACGCCUUAAGUAAACACGCAGCCUGAAUCAGGACAACAACCGUAAACGCAAUGAGUUGGCAAGUUUUCACUUAAUUGUUGGACUUCACUAAAUCUUUUUUCGUAUAAAGGUGUUUCACCUGAUAGAAUAAUCUGGUGAAUGCAAAGCAAAACUAAUAAAACCCCAGCACUAGCAAUUCCUAUCGGAAUGAAUAGAUGUGUUCCGUAAAUAUUCGUUUAAAUUUGCGGCUUGGUUACACUUAAAUCAGAUUAUUAAAAUGUACAUAAACACCCUAAACACGAGGGGCAUCAAAAUCAUCUUCAAUUUGACCGUGUAACAGGUAUAAAUAUUAACCUCGCAGAUUAUGUGCAAAUAUAUAUUUUGAUACUGAAAGUAAAAUGUGGGCCUACUCCUUAGCAAAUAUAUCGCAAUGGAAAUGAAACACAUCUUAAUGACAUUGCAUGAGAUGCUUUUUCCGCAUCUGUGUACGGAGUGGAUUGUCAGAUUUUCAAAAAUAUAUGUGACUGAUAAGUAGGUGUAGGGUAAGACAUUUACAUAAUAAUUCAAACAAUGGGUUAGUUGGCUUAGUUUGCAAAGACAGCGAUGAAUUGAAUUUCCACUUGGCCACAGUAGACACUGGAGACUACAUUACCCUCUGCACACAGCAGUUUAGAGUUCCUGUGUUGGCCCCCACUGCCAUGGGGUCACACCCUGUACCAUCACUCUGGAAAGAAACAGGAGCAAGACUGAAACUGAUGGACUGAGGGAAUACAAGUUUUUUUGUUUUUUUUUUGUUUGUUUUUUUUUUCCCACCGUGAAAGGCCAGAAUUCCGGAGGAUUAUUAUGAGCUGGACUGAGGUUUGGAAGCCUUAAGGAGGUCUCAACUGGAUCCACAUGAAUGUCCGAUGAAGGUCCCAAACAAUCAGAGGAACACCACAUCUCCAUCGGUCUCAUCAAACAAAACUGCUCCUUCUCCAUCUUUUGUCUGCGUCCUCUGAUGAAGGCGGAUUAAACGCGGAGCAGCCAGAGCAGAGGUGUCUUUUAUCACAAGAGGACAUCCUGACUGAUGUUUGCACAGAGCGGAGCUGGCGGAGGUACGACAAACGUUUACUUGAAUCAUCAGUGACUAAUAUAUUUACGACAUGUCUGCUGGCUCGCUGAGUCCUCCUGAGUCACCACCCCGCGGAACGUUGUUUUCUUGCUGUAAAGAAAAGAAAGACAACUUGUAGUUCCUAUCUGCAUAUCAUAUUCAAACCAAAUCAUAGUGUUGCAUGCUUGGGGAGAAAAGCAUGUGAGACGAAAGAGACGGGAACAACACCUCAUCAGGUUUAGAGAAAUAAUUCUGUCCUCCUGUCAGAAUUUAUAUUUUCUAUAGCAUCAGACUGUGUUGCUCUUUAAUAUGAGGAUUUAUUUAACCAUCUGUGCUUUUUCUUUUUCCUUUUUUUUUGCCUUGAUUAAAUCAAAGCAGGCAGCUCUGGCGAGGUAAAAAGCCAAAAACACCAAAAACAUGAAUCACAUUUCCAGAAAGAAAAAGUCUGGUGUGAGACCCUAAAAAAAACACAGCUGAAAAGCAUUUUCUCUUUGUCAUUUUAAUGAUCAUUUUGAAUGUCUUUGAUUGUGGUUUUUGGAUCGGAAUGCUGUAUAUCUGUUGAUAACAUCUACCUCUGUGUCUUCCCUCCAUCGACAGAAGCUUUAACAUCUUCAGUUGUCGCUCUAGAGGACUCACUUUUAGACUGUAUUGGCUUUCCAUUCAAAAGGUGACCCUGACUCUAAAAUCUUUUGCACAUUUGAUUAAUUUAUUUGUGAACAUAUCUAGACACGUGUGAACGCUUGUCGUGUCUGAGGGCGUCGAUGUGGCCCGGCUGUCUUAAGGAACCAUAUUCGAGGUUGGUUUUUCCGGCUUAUUUAUUAAAUCAGACAAAAAGAUGAAUGUUCCGAACAUCGGAGGACGAGCCACGAUGGCCGCCGUGCAACCUUCAUUCUUCCAAGCCAACUGUGUGCAGAUCACUGUCAGAUCACUGAAACAUACAUUAAAAAGCAAGCUCAGUAGUAAAUGUAAUCACAUUAAAAUGUGUAAAAUAGUGAUGUCAUUCUGGUUUCUUACCUGAAUUACCAUGCAUAGAGGUGUCAAACCAAAUCUCUGAGGGGGUCUGAACAGGAUUAACACACAUGGAAUUUUCUGAAAUAGAUCAGUCAGGAAUGGCUGCCUGCGUAGUGGCAGUGCUGUUUCCAGGUCUUUGUCAUUGACCGAACUCUUCACAAGGGUCCCAUAGAAGUAACUGAAGCGUUUUAAACCCUUCAGAACCUGAAAAACCCCUCUUAGCUUCCUUAGCUGCCUCCUUGUAAACUGCUGGUCCACACUGAACCUUAUCAAGUUCCAGUUUUCUUAUCAGCCCCAACAUUCUUAUCCCUCAGAAGAAUCAGAAGCAUUCUUGAAAAACCUCUGCUGAACGGAAUCCAUCUUUUUGUCUGAUGUUAAACGGGAGGACGCGAAUACCACCACACUUGUUCCAUGGUCUCUUCUGUGUCGUUCGGCUGCUGAAGCGUCACCGCGGCCGGGGGGCGGGUGAUGUGCGCUCCAGCUGUGACCAGCGGUCACCGCUGAUGAUUAAUGUGUCCUGCUACUGUACGUGCAAUAAUAAAUAGUGUUUCCCCUGCCAGUGCCGUGCCGUCCCGAUGACUAAAGGCCACAGUCACGUUUCCACAGCUUACACUCCAGACUGACCAGCCGAGUACAGGCUCAGUGUUUGUGCGACAGUGAGACAAAAAGCAAUAGUGUGAGUGAUGUUCUGUUUUCAUUUCCAGAUGUUGUGGUCGCCAUGCUGGCUAAUUGUAAAGUAUUUUUGAUAAAAUAAAUUUAUGAUCAAGAUUGGUUUCAAUCUUCAUGUGUUUCAGGCGAGCACACAUGCUGUUGUGUCUUUGUUUUCCGUUUGUUAGUGUUUAGCUGUGCCACUCGGCAGCUCCAUUUUCACACAUCCGCGUCAUCAUCUGGACACGUCUUAUAGCUGUUUGAUGAUUUUAGAGGUGCAAAAAUGGCUCCUUAAGAUCUUUCACGGAAAAGAUGGUGAAAUAAUAUGAAACAAGAGUGUAUUUUCUGGACUGUAAGUCACCGGUGCUGCGACUUACACUCAGGUGUAUGUAUAAAAAGACUAGUUUCACGUUUUCUUCAAUGUUAUUCAGUCACAUGCACUGACAUGACCAAGGAUUAAACAUUACAUUGUGUCCGUGAAGGCCCUGACCUUGAUUCUGUCCCACCAUCAAUCGAGAAGGGCGUCAUGGCAGAAAUCUCACAACCGCACAACAUGAAUCCUGGAAAUGAACAUGUUUUUUUUUUAUGUAAAAUCCCCUGAGAAGCCUAACAAAAUGACAGCAACACUACUGGGGGUCGUGGAGCUUCAGCUUAACAGGACUGACCGGGUGAGAGCGGCUGCAGAUGAGUGACAUUCAUUAACAUCACAUGCAGGCUAGUCAUUUUACUGUCAACUGGGCAAUAAAUGCCAAACUCCCUCCCCCCUUUGCUUCCUUGUUUCGAAGUCAGCUCACUCCUAAGCUACAUUCCAUUCCAUGUCAUGAUCCACAAAUGACUACAAGCAAUUUUAUGCGUGUGGUGUAAUAUAAAUUUCCCAUGAAAAUGCGACUUAUUAUUCAGUGCGACAUAGGAUUUUUUUUUCUUCUUUAAGAUGCAUUUUGUGAAUGGUGUGACCAUUACUGCUACUUUUAGUCUGAAAAAUACAAUGCUUGAAAUAGACUGAAAUAAUCUAAAUUCUCAUUUCCCUCUCUAAAACAGUUUUGUUAGGUCACCUUUAAAUAUUAGAUAAAGUUACCAUGGUGUUUUACAAAUCAAGGGUGGACUGUGGCUCUACGAGAACCAUAUGUAUGUUAGCGAAGGUGUGAGCAGAAGAGCAUCUGCUUCUCUGCUGCUGACAAAAUGGUGAUGAUGAGGAUGAUGUGAGCUCAUGAUGUCAUUGCCACAUGAAAUCCACGAUCAAACUAGACAGAGUCAGAAUGUGUUGAACAAAGCAGGGAGCUACCUUCACAGACGUCGGUGCGCAUGUUAAAGCCUGCCAGACAGCAGAAAGGUCAUGUGACGUUUGAUAGUCUCAGAUAUAAAGAACCAUAAAUCAGUGAAGACAAGCUAAUGUAUGUUCAACAUGAAUUUUUAAUGAAUGAAUAUUGUGGUUUCACUGGUGUCGGCCAUUAUUUACGGAAAACUAGAUCAGACAAGAGUGCUGAGGUCACUGUCCCUCACCACUGUGACGGAAAUGGGAGUGAGGAACCUCUAUUUUUGGAUUCAUUUACUCCCUUUCCUCACCCAGUGCAUCCCUAUGAAAUGCUACUUUUCACAACAAAUAAAGAUUUGCAUCUUUGUGUUUGUUCACGAAACUGCUUACCAAGUAAUGUCUCCUGUCGUCUUCGACAGACAACCAUCGUGGAAAUGUGCAGUCACUCCCAAUAAGCAAUAAAGCAUUAAGAAUUCAGCAUCAUCAGCAAAUACAAUAAUUCUGGUUGGUGAUAUCACAUUAGCAGUGCCUUAAUUAUGACCAGGUUUAUUUCAUAUCCAUCUCACUGCGGGAGAAGAGCAAGGAGAUGAUAGCAAGUGGAGGAGCAGUCGGUUUGUGGUGUGUAGAAAUGCUGUAUUGUAUUACUGAAUGUACAGUUUCGCGUCUUCCUAGCUUCUGUUUUGGGAUGUUUACAAUGGUGUCAGAUUAGAUAUUGAUGGUAGUUAGUGUGAGCAACAUUCUCAAUGGUUUACAUCUACUUUAUACGCUACACAUUUAGACAUUUAUGCUUUAUUUAGGAGGUUCCUGAUCAGAUCAAGACAAGGAUGUUUCUGUAAUAAUAAUAAUAAUAAUAAUAAUAAUAAUAAUAAUAAUAAUAAUAAUAAUGUAAAAUGACCAAAUGUUAAUUUUCACUCGUCAUUGGCAACUCAUGACGUUUUUAAUAAAGUGACCGUAAACAAAGUAAAUUACAAAUAGUGUAAUUUUAAAAUAUUAAAUUAAAUAAUGAAAGUUUCAUUUUAUAGAUUUUAAUAAAUGUAUCGUUUACUUUAGUUUUUAAUUAUGUUUUUUCUUCUUCCACCAAACUAAAAAAAAAAUAAAAAAAAUAAAAAAAUGACAGCCCUGAAAAACAUGGAUGAGUCUCUUCAAAAUAUUAGACGCUCAACUAAUCAUAAAUCUUACUUGAAUGACGUUAAUGUAUUUAAUGCCUCCCACUAUUAUGCAAUGCUUACAAGGACAUUUGUCGUUAGAAAGACACUGAAACUGUAAUUAUCUGUUAUUAUUUAGACUUCAUGGCCUUUAAGCUUUUAUAUAUUUUUUUUAAAAUGUAAAAGAGCCUUGAAGGAGGAAAUAAACAAGACUGUGGAAAACAUGCAAGACAGAGAAAAAGCAAUUCAUGUCACCGUAUUUCAGGCGUGUCAUGAUUCCAUCCUGUGUUACUGCUGUCAUGCCAACAGAUGAAGCAAGAACUUAUGUGUAAAAACAACAAAAUAAAAGUCUGUCUUCAGGACUGCUGGCUGAACUCUCAAAAGUUUAUUUUUGUUAUCCUGAGCGUGUUUCAUUGUGCUGAGAAAAACAUAUGUGAACUGUAAAUGCGCAACAUUGUGAAUAUAGUUGUGACAAUGUUUCAUGUGGCCUUUUAUUUCUCUUCAAAGUACCGCAAUGUUGUAAAUGAUAUGUAUCAUAUGACACAAAUGUAUAUUAAAGUUUAACAAGGCUUUAUGUUUCUACCAGUUACGUUUAAUAAAUAAAUGAC